AUGAUCAUUUUCAAUCGUCAAGCGGUCAUCUCGACCCAAGCUGCUUUCGACUGCCCUAAUAAAAGCUCCCGUAUUGCCUCGCCUAAAAGCAUGUCCCGCCCUGUGUCAAAGUUUGCCGAAUGGCUUGCCAGGGCUCCCGUCCAAGAUAAGUUUGGUCUUUGCGGGCUCCUCGCUCUUGCGCCAACGCCAGGCGUGCUCCAGUGGCUGGAUAUCCCAUCAUACUUGCAAGGGGGAGUACUUGCAGCCCUGGUGAUCGCCAACAUUAUUGCAAUCAGUCUUCAUGCUCAGACCUGGGCAGAUGUGCAGAAGCGAGCCGGAUGCUUGGCGGUCACCCACCUUGUUCCCCUCUGCUCCGGGUUUAGCUUCAGCCUUCCGGCCCACGUCUACCGUGUCGAACGGGGCACGUUCCAGUGGGCCCAUCGGUGGCUAGGCCGCAUUUGCGUGCUGCAUUGCCUUCUUCAUGGGUCCGUCUUAGGCACAGUUGCUCGAAAUACAAGCCUUGAAGCUCCCCUCGUCAUCUCACUCCUGGCCGGAUGCAGUCUCGUCUCGAUCUUGCCUUGGACGCUCGCUGCGAUUCUUCGACGGUGGCCGCAACUCGGCCUCAAGGUCCACCAUGUGCUUGCUUUGGUCGCCACCGGUACCCUUUUCUACCAUUUGAUCGACCGGGUAUCGUCCUACCGCUGGGUUUUACUAGGCGGUAUUUGCGCCGGAUUUGCUUGGAGUGCCGGGACAUGUCUGCAUACCAUGUGGCUCCACAGAUCGUGGCACAUCACCUCGCUACGGGCCCUCGCGCGGUCUUCCAACAGGCUCUUAUGGCUUGAUAUUGCGGUUCCGGUGGAGUGGGUGGCCCAACCGGGGCAGUAUGUGCAGCUCUGGAUGCCACGCCUGGGAGUAAGGUCCUGCUUGCAGCUUCCCGCAUUCUACGUGGCUUCGGUGUCCUUCUUCUUGGAUGCUUUGCGGUGUCGUGUGCUUACCGUGCUUACCGAAACAGACCAUCCCCACUGGGUUGGGGAGGAAAUCUCGCAAAUCCUUGAACUCGACCGUAUGUUUGACCGAGACGAUUGUCCCGAGCAUAGACACCGAGAUGACCGGGGAUUUGAUAUGUUGCAAUUCACCACACAUAUCCUAGAUACUCAGCCCGUGGACCAGAUUCGUUACCGCAACCGUACGCGCUUGAAAUACCAUUUUCAUGCCAUCAAUAUCGCCAAGGAGCUGGCACGCCUUAUGGAUGGUACAAGCGGAACGACCGCGGUUUCGGUAUGCGCAAGCAACCCGUUACGCGCAGCAGUACGCCGUUUCGUUCAUCCUAGAACGAGUGGCGAUUUUCGAUUGAUUGACCUGGACCUUGAACCCUCUUGCACGUGGUGGACGGACGAUGACCCUAUCUACCGUGCAACAUCCGAAACGAUUACAGCCUCCGAGCGAGCAGAAUCUUCCAACACUGGCACAGUGUUGGAGCCCAGUUGGACGCCGGCCCCCUUGCCUGUUGCACAUACUGUCCCUGAACAGGCCUCUCGUCUCUCAGGAGAAACAUUG